ACUUCUCAUAUUUCGAUUUAACUUAAUAAAAGAUUUGUUAUAGAAAAUGUCCGAGCGAACGACGAAGAAGGUGUGCUACGACUUCAUUAGCGAAAAUAUAAUUCGCAAAGUGAUAACUGAAUUUUUUAUGCUCCUGAUUCUACUCGCUUGCACCUAUUGCGUCGCCGAAUCGAUGCGUUCCAAAUACAGUUAUCACAGCCACAUACAAACGGAGAGAACUUUCGUCAAUACGGUGCCGUACAUGAGGAAACAGCAUUAUUCUGCGCCCAAUUUCAAGGAUGUAUUAACCAUAGAGGCUAUAUGGACAUAUCUCUUCGAACACUUUAUACCCACUGUUUAUGCGAAACAGCUAAAUGGGGAAGUAAAAGAGAAUAUAUUCGGCGAGGGCUUGAUCGUGGGCGUGCCCAGAAUCCGACAGAUACGCGUGAGACCUCUGAAGGAAUGCUACAAAACAUUCACACUGGACGAUCUGGACAAGAGGCCAUGUUAUCCGGCAUAUUCAUCCAAAAUGGAAUUCAAGGGCACCCAUGAAGUGGAAGGCCUUAUAAGCACUAAUUACGAAGCGGAUGCCAAAGUAAUUCGGACAACGCAUUGCAUCUAUCAAGGUGGCGGCUUUUCACUUAACCUUAAUGAAAGUUUCAAAACGAACUGGCUGAUGCCCUUUUAUCAAAGUCGAUGGAUUGAUCGAGGAACACGACUCUUGGUUAUAGAGUUCAACGUCUUUUAUGAUGCUAACCGAACGUUUCAAACUCUUAAAUUAAUAUUCGAAGUGAUGCCAACGGGCCUAGUGUUCCCAUCUGCCGUUAUUAAAUGCAUACCCCUGGAAUGUUUUCUGUUUAUGGAUACGCUUAGAAUUAUUGCCGGCGUUAUUUUCUAUUUAAUUAUUAUUUACUAUACGUAUCAGGAAGUUUACGAAAUUUGUUGGCUAAGUACAAAAGCUUAUAUUAAGUGCAUGAGCAAUUAUCCGGACCUCAUUUUUUUGCUCGCAUCAUACUACGUGCUUGCGUAUAAUAUUUGGCACCUAUUCGAAAUUAGGAGGAUCAAAAGCGCCUAUGAAAGAGAUAGCAGCAGCUACAUCAAUAUGGAUACGUUGAUAGUUGGCUGGGAGACAUAUAUCAAUGCCAUGGCAAUCCUGGCAUUCACGGCGUGGACCAAGCUGAUCAGAUUCCUAUCAUUUCACCGGACACAGAGACGGCUUGUGGCCACCGUGAGAAUGUCGAUGAAAAACAUUCUCGGCUUCCUUUUUAUCUAUGUGAUCUUAGUCUUCGCCUUUGCCCAGCUGGGCACAAUUUUGUUCGGCGACGAAUUGGAGCAAUUUAGCUCCAAUUACGCGUCAAUCGUGACCAUGAUACGCGUCAUUAUGUCCGACGUUGACUUUGGGCAAUUGAAUGAAAUUCAGCCCGUGCUUGCUCCGAUCUUUUCUCUGGGCAUUAUCCUCAGCUUCUAUAUAAUAUCCGUGAAUCUCUUUGUGGCCAUUUAUCUGGCCGCCUAUUCAGAUGUGAAGGCCAAAAUGAUUGUGAAUGAUCACGAGGUCCUGCAAAUGCUUGGCCAGGGCUUCAAACAAUAUUUUUGCUUUUGGCGCCACCGCGAAAAAGAGAGAAGAACAAUUGCAAUGCCUAUAUUUACAGAGAAGGAAAUCUGGACAGAUUCACGUCCAAGGAAUCAACAUCCUCCGCCCAAAAUUGAAGCAAUGGUGUCUCUACGCGAGGAUCUAGCCCGCCUAACCGAACAGUCCUUACAAGUCGAGGCAGUGCUAGAGAGGCUCGUGGAGACAAUCGAGGCGAUUGCGAAAGUCCAAAAAAUAGUCUCUGCAAAACACAGCUACAAAAGUAAAUAAAGGAAAAUGAAUUUCAAAUAAGUCAUGCAAUUCGUAUUUAUGUGAAAUCUGAAUCAUUUUUAAUAAUAAAUUUAACAACAAAACAACAU